UCACCAUCUCGCUCGCCGAUCUCUGCUCCAACACUUCGAUCGCCAACACCGAGCAAAGCAAGUCACCAUGGGCAACAACAAGGCCGCGGUCUGCGUGCUGGCGCUCGUCCUGUGCGGCCUGCUCGCCACGGACACGGCGGCGGCGGGGUGCGACGCGAGCGCGCUGAGCCCGUGCAUGGGCGCCAUCAUGCUGGGCGGGGCGGUGACGCCGGGGUGCUGCGCGCGGCUGCGCGCCCAGCGGGCGUGCCUGUGCCAGUACGCGCGCGACCCAUCGUACCGCGGCUACGUCAACAGCCCGAGGGCGCAGAGCGUCGUCGCCGCGUGCGGCCUCCCCAGGCCCAAGUGCUGAUCGCUGUCGUCGCCGCACGCGCUAUAUAUAUCGACUCCGCACUGUGCCAUCGUGCAUGAUGCCGGGCACCGGUGAACGGCGGUCUACGUAAUGUAAUGUGUGCUUAAUUAUACGGUCGACGACGCCAUCGAGCUGGCACGUACGUGCGUGUACGGUUGAGUUGUGGACGUCUGUCCAAAUAAACGUGGUUUGCUCGAAGCUGCGCAAGCAUAUAUACGUGCUUGCGUUGUGGCAGCUGGUUCUGUACGUUCUCAUGUUUUACUACCGCCUAUGAAUAAAGUUUUUCCCCGGCAUUAAUUCCA